AUGCUCAAUCUUCUGUUCUCACAUCGUCUCUGCCAUCUCCCAGAUGAUGUGUCAGGGCUCAUUGAAGAAUGUGGGCGCAUAGUCAUGGACUGUAUUGGUAUAUGUGAAAAUGAAGAAAGGCAAUCUGAAGUAAGAAGUGCCCAUAAGUUGUUGCUCUCUUAUGAUCAAUGUGAUGAUAUGUUUGACACUUUCUCAAAAUUGCUGCAAAAUGCUGCUUUCCAUUGCCAUAAGAAGUUUGGCAUUGAUAUGUCAGAGAAGCAGAGUAAUUCCUCAUCAAAAAGGAAAAAAAAUCAGUCAUCGGUGAGAAACUUAGCUAAAAAGACAAGAGUCGGCCAGCAGAUGCCAUCCAGCUUUGAGGAUGGCUAUCUGGUUGCUGUAGGAGUAGCCUGGCAAAUAAGAGACUUGCUUGGAUGUGAGGACUCUCAGAAGGCUAUGUUGGCUUCUUCAUCUUGUGAACUGAUUCUUAAUACUCUAAAGGUUAUCACAACAGCCAGCAUUGUGGAGUGUGUGAAUGUUGAAUGCAUGAGCAUAUACCCUCUCUUGGCAUAUACAACCUUGGUGAUGCACAUGGCCGCAGCAGAUCCUAGCCUGAGUAGUUCACAGAACUCUCGCAACAGUACGUAUAGCACAUCAAACCCUUCAAGAGCAGUGAUAGAGGUUAUGGAUCAGUUGCUAAAGUGUGCGGAGAAGCUGCUUAGAGCUGGUGGCCCUGUUAAUCCUGCCUCUGGACAAAAGGAAAAGGAACCAGCAACAGAUGCUUCUCAACCAAGUGAUAGUGAAUCAACAGGAAAAAAGAUAUUCAGAAAGGUGAAGAUGCUAACUGCAAUUUUCAAGUUCAUAAGUGAUGCCAUAACCUUGAGAUUUUAUUCUGGCAAUUAUGGGAGAUGCUUACAUUGCGCAUCAGCAGCCGUUCGACAGAUCAUCUCAGAUUUAGCACAACUAUCUAGCCAGUCAUUGCAAUUGACAGAGGAUGACAUGAGAGAAAUGACCACGUGUCUGAAGAGCUCCUUCACUUACAUGGUAAAAUUGCUCAAUUUAGUCCUUACAGACACCAGCGAAGCUUCAAGGGUUCAGUUGGAAAUCUUUGAUCUAGCCAAUCAUUUGCUCGAUCUGAUAAUUAGUGUCGAGUUAUCAUUAGGGUAUGGUUGCGUCAUGCGUCUUAUUGCAGCAGCCAAACCAUGGCUGCCUGAUUUGGUUGUGGCCCUGGGAUCCACAUAUAUGCUGAACAAGAUCCAUGGAGAUGUUUCUUUAACCAUGUCCGAUAUUUCAACCCAUUUUCCAUCAUGGCCGUCAGUUAUAGCAAGGAUGGAGGUGGAUGAGCUCUCUGAAGAUUGUUCUGAAGUGGAGGAUGAGAGCAUCUCUCGAUCCGAGAAGUACCCAGCAUUUAAGAAGCUAUUGCAAACAGUACUCGUUCUGCUGAGAGCAAAUGUUAAUCUACUCGAUGCAGUUGGAAUGAUCUUCUUGGCUGGUUCAUUGUUUGGGCUCGAGAGGGAUAAUGACGGCCUUGUGUUGGGACUCUUGCACUUUGUGACUGCAAAGCUAGUUGGGCACGAAAAUCGACAUUGGGAUCAACUUGAUAUGAUGUUGACUUCUCUUGAUCAAAUCUAUCUUCCGAUUGAGAAAAAGCUUGGAGAACAAAUUCCCGGAUAUAGACAGAACCGAUUGAGUGCCGCUCGGGCUUUGCUUGAACCUGUUUGGAUGAAUCAUCAUAGCUUCGAAAGUGGGAGAUUUUCUGAGAUGGAUGAACAAUAA